GUGACGUCGAUGCAUACCCUCACGCGAAAGCGCGUUACAGAGACUUUUAAGUUGAAAAGAGCUCGCGCAGGAAGCGGUUGAUCUGUCGCACGCUUCCCUGUUCCGUUCUUCCUGUCUCGUGCGCGUCUCUUCAGCACAUCUUAAACCAUCAUGGCGUCUCUAUCGAUGGCCCCCAUGAACAUCUUCAGGCAAGGAGCCGACGAGGAGAAGGCCGAGACGGCUCGACUGUCCUCCUUCAUCGGCGCCAUUGCCAUCGGAGAUCUGGUGAAAAGCACUCUGGGACCCAAGGGAAUGGACAAGAUCCUGCUGGGCGGCGGCAGGGACAGUCAGGUGACCGUGACCAAUGACGGCGCCACCAUCCUGAAGGCCAUCGGAGUCGACAACCCCGCCGCCAAAGUGCUCGUGGGUGAGUGUGUGUCUAUAAAAUACAUAAUUACACGCUCAUUAACCCUUAUAGGAGCUUUGGGGUCUUUUUAGAGAACUAAAAUAAAA